AUGAAAAAGGAGUUAGGAAUUAGCAAAAGUAUAGAAUUAUCACCGCAUACUUUACGGAGGGCUUUUGCUACUUAUCAUGCCGAAGCAGGUUUACCGUUGCCCCUUUUACAGAAAUUAUUGGGUCAUUCCUCCAUUAGAACCACCGCUUUAUAUUGGCGGAAUAUUUAUCGUGAUGAUGGCGAUAAUGAUACCGCAGACAUUUUAACUAGUAAAAAAGAACCGCCACCAAGCACGGAAAAUUUUCCCGAGCAACUGCCCGCGAAUUUGGAGCCUGUCAUUAUGCCAAUAAAACCAGCCAUCCCAGUUCAAAAACCAACCAUUAAACCUAAUUCACCACCACUUAUCUCAGUCCAGCCCAAACCCGUUAAAAUUGACUAUCAGCCCAAACCUAAAAUUAGUCAGUCAUUACCACUACCACCAACCGACAAAGAAGCAAUUUUACUAGUCAAAAUUAAGCAAUUAGAGGAACAAUUAAAAAAAACCCAAACUGAACGCGAUAAUUUAACCACUAAAUUAGCCCAAACCGAAAAACAAAAAUCCAAAUUAGAACUAACCGCCACCCAAGAAAAACAACGAGCCAAUUACUACGAACAACAAUUAAAAACCAUCAGCCAAUUACUUCAUCAGUGGCAAAAACUUAACUAUUACCAGCAAUUAGAAAAACAAAGAGCGGAGAUGGAAGCCCAAAUUAUCCAACCCCCACCUUGGAAAUGUGAUAAUUAUAGUCUAAGUAGUUCUUCAAUAGUUUCGGCUGAGCAAAGAGUUUCAGCAGCAACAGCACUUAAAUUAGCAAGUCAAGUUGGUCUCGAAGGUGAACUUGAAUAUAGGAUAGAACAGGCUAUUAAAAAUAAAAUUCAAGAGUUCAAAGAUGGUUAUCUCUUUUCCUGUGAAGUUGAUGGAAAAAGAAAACGUGAGGUUUAUACUAUCCAGUCUCCGAAGUUAAAGGCAAUUUUGCGAGGAAUAGCCUUUUCGGGGGAAACGGAUGAUUCUUUUAGCCGUAAGGCAGAAAUAGGCAGCAGAAGCGGCAAUUAUUCUUCUUAUGAAGAAGAUGUGGAUAACACUUCUGAUCGAUUUAUAAUAACGAGGAUUUGCGGUGAUGGCAGCCGUGAAAAAGAAUUGAAUGGCAAAGAGGAGACUCUGAGGCCGAACGAUGAAGAAGGGAAACGGAGGAAUGACGACAACAAGCAAAAGAAGCAGGCUUUCCUAUUGACCUCCCUUAUGAAGAAAGAUUCUCAGGGAAAAAUAACAGAAAUUACUGAUGAAAAAAAGAACUUUUCUAAUAGUAAGGAAGAGAAAAAAGGAUAUUCCUCGGAGUGCCAAAAACCAGGCCAAGAUAAAAAAAGUGGAGGUGAUAUAAUAGAAAUUGACCUAGAUAGAUUGAAGUAUUGGGAUAACAUGGAUGAUAUAAACGAUGUUAGUAUAGUGAAAAAGGCAACUACUACUAGUGCUUUGGUUGCUGUGUCAUCUUCGUUAGAAGUUCAAGAAGCUUUGAGAAAGGCACAAUUAUCUGGGGAAAAAUUUGAGUAUAGGAUAGAAAAAACUGAUCCAUGA